CCCCUGCGCACUGUGGUGAUCCUGGGCAGCACGCGGGCCAAGCGGAUCGGCGAGGCGGUCUCGCAGUACUUGGUCGCAAAGCUCGAUGAGCGUGGCGGGCACUCCGUGUCGGUGCUGGAUCCGAGGACGACGGAGGACGGCUUCUUCAUGCGGCUGAUGGAGAAGGCGUAUUUCCAUUACAGGGAGGGGGAGGCGGUGCCAGCGGAGCUGGAGCGCACCGCGGCCACCCUGCGGGCGGCCGACGCCUACGUCGUCUGCGCCCCAGAGAUGAACCACACCAUCCCGCCCGGGCUCACGAACCUCAUGAACUACUUCGGCUCCUCCGUGUACAGCAGGAAGCCCAGCGGCAUCGCCACCUACUCCGCCGGGCACUGGGGCGGCGCCCGCUGCGGCGUCGCACUGCGCGCCUACCUGAGCGAGCUGGGCUGCAUUCCCGUGUCGGCCACCUUCCAGCUGCCGCUGGCCUGGCGUGGCGGGACGUUCGACGAGCGGGGGCAGCUGGCGGCCGACUCCGUGGCCGCGAGGAGUGCCGACAGGAUGCUGGAGCAGCUGGAGUGGCACGCCAGGGCCAUGAGGGCUGCCCGCUUGGCUGA